AUCCAAGAACUUCAAUUUGUGGCCAUCCUUUAAUUCCCAAAUUGUAACAAUAACAACUACUCUUCUAUCAAAGAAGAUAGCCCACUUAGCUCUCUGUCCAAGCAGAGUAACCAACAAAAAGACUUCAUCUAAUUUCCCUAAUUCUAGCUUGCAAUGAAUGACACAGUGGACAAGCUGGUAAUUUUCUUGGCAAAGAGAGAUGGAAUCGACAAGCUUGUCAAGACUUUCCAGUACGUCUCCAAGCUCGUAAAUUGGCACGUCGAGACGACGUACCCUGACAUUGCCACUCGAGCCAAGCAAUGGGAAGUGGCCUCUGGCCUCAGCCGGAAAGCCUUCCGGAGCGGUCGAUUCCUCACGGGAUUCAACGCCCUUCGGAGGAGCCCCGGGACCUCCCCGGGUUUCAGGCUGCUAGCAGUUCUCGCUAAUUCAGGGGAAAUGGUCUAUUUCUUCUUCGACCAUUUCCUUUGGCUGGCGAGAAUCGGAGUAAUCCAAGCCAAAUAUGCAAAAAGGAUGAGCUUUAUUUCUGCAUUUGGUGAGUCUGUUGGAUACGUGUUUUUCAUUAUAUCGGAUUUUAUUCUCAUUACAAGGGGACUAAAAGCAGAGAGGAAGCUAUUAACUGAAGAAGAGGAGUCUAAAGAAACAGAAGGGGAAAUCAAGAAAAUUAGAAUGGAUAGAAUUAUGAGAUUGAUGGGCGUGGCUGCUAAUAUUGCUGACCUUAUAAUUGCCUUAGCUGAAAUUGAACCAAAUCCAUUCUGCAACCAUACAGUUAUUUUAGGCAUUAGUGGUUUAGUUUCUGCAUGGGCUGGUUGGUAUAGAAACUGGCCCUCCUGAACAUAAAUAAGAUUGAUGAAAAUUUUCCAAAAAUUAUCAUAUGAAUGUAACAAACUUCAGUUAUUAUAUGAUGAAACAUUGCAAUUUACCAUGUA